UGGCCACUAGAAGCAACCGUAUCCGUCACUAACAAUCUUUGCGUUUUUUUUUUUUAAUGGAUUAUUGACAUGUAAAUUUUAUGUGGCGAUCAUUUCCAUCGCAUGAUUACCUAAUUUAGUAACCAACUUUUGAAAACUCUCUUCUACUUUACUCCCGCACAGCCAAAUUCUCCCCCUAGAUCCCAGACUUUCUCUAUGGAUUUGAUCUAUCCGAAUUGCAUGAGCAGAACGUCUUUUACCACUACGAAUCACAGAAAUGAAUACUCUCGUUCACGAAUUCUGCACUCAAUUAUUCAAAGAAGCAAUAGAUUGUCGCCGAUUGUCGCAGCAGCUGACAAUUCCAGAACUGGAACCGCUACAAGCAGCAGGAGCAUUAGGACGGCCUUAGCUACUAGUAGUAUCAGUGAGACUGAAAGCAAAGAUUUUCUACAAUUGAUAGGCAAGUCUAGCGCCGCCAUGGAACAGCUCGACAUCGAGCGCGGCGUUUGCAUUCCGUUUCGCAAGUACUCUCCCGAGACAGUGAGGAGUAAGGUGUUGGAAUCCGGAGGAACUACCUUGUCAUUAAUGCUACGUGGAGUCGAAAUAGUGUGGAAUUUAGGAUUUUACUGGUCUUCCUUGAUGUAUGAUUGCCUUGUUGGUAGAGAUAAAGAAGUAGUUCCAUUUCGUGCUCGUCAGCUCAGAAACCUCUUGUGUGAUUUAGGGCCUUCCUUUAUCAAAGCUGGCCAGGUUCUUGCCAGCAGGCCUGACAUUAUUAGAGAAGAUUACAUGAACGAGCUUUGUAUUCUUCAAGAUGAUGUUCCUCCUUUCCCUAAUCAGGUUGCUUUCAAGAUUAUAGAGGAGGAAUUGGGCCAACCUCUUGAAGCUGUAUUCAGUAAAAUUUCAUCACAAACAAUUGCAGCUGCAAGCCUGGGUCAAGUUUACCGAGCUACCUUACGAGACACAGGGGAGGAUGUUGCUAUUAAGGUGCAAAGGCCAGAGAUAGAGCCUAUAAUCUACAGGGAUCUUUUUCUUUUCAGAACUCUUGCUUCAUUCCUAAAUGGCAUCAGUUUACAGAAACUAGGAUGCAACGCUGAAUUGAUAGUUGAUGAAUUUGGAGAGAAACUGUUGGAGGAACUGGAUUACACCUUGGAAGCCCGGAAUAUUGAAGAUUUUCUUGAAAACUUCAAAGAUGAUCCUACUGUUAAAAUUCCCCGGGUUUACAAAAAGCUUUCUGGUUCACGUGUUAUAGUAAUGGAAUGGAUAGACGGCAUUCGGUGCACAAACCCAAAGGCUAUCAAGGAAGCUGGUAUCGAUGUAAAUGGAUUUUUAACAGUUGGGGUCAGUGCUGCUUUAAGGCAAUUGCUAGAAUUCGGGCUGUUCCAUGGAGAUCCACAUCCUGGAAAUAUUUUUGCUAUGCGAGAUGGACGUAUUGCAUAUGUGGACUUUGGGAAUGUUGCUGUGCUCAGUCAGCAAAAUAAGCAGAUACUGAUAGAUGCUGUUGUACAUGCUGUAAAUGAAGACUAUGCUGAAAUGGCAAAUGAUUUCACUAGACUUGGCUUCUUAGCUAGUGGGACUGAUGUGUCUCCUAUCAUUCCAGCCUUGGAAGCGAUUUGGCAGAACUCAGUUGGAAAAGGACUUUCUGAUUUUAAUUUUAGAAUUGUUACAGGGAAGUUUAACCAGUUGGUUUAUAAUUAUCCCAUCCGUAUACCAGAGAGAUUUUCUCUUGUCAUCCGUUCUUUGUUGACUCAAGAGGGCAUCUGUUUCACCUUGAAGCCAGAUUUUAAGUUUCUGGAGGUUGCCUACCCAUAUGUGGCAAAGCGUCUACUGACAGACCCAAAUCCAGCUCUUCGUGAACGUCUCAUACAGGUUCUUUUUAAAGACGGUGUUUUCCAGUGGAAACGGCUUGAGAACCUCAUUGUUCUUGCAAAGGAAAAUGUAGCCAAGAUGAGCAGCAAUCCUGCUUUGCAAUUGAAGAACACGCCAAAUUCAAGAAACUGGCAGCUAGAAAGGAAACUAGAUCUGACAGACACUAUUAAAGAUGGUGCUCGUCUUUUCUUUACCGAUGAAGGAAUUCGUAGACAACUGAUUUUGGCUCUGACUGAAGAUUCAAAGCUUCAUGUUGAAGAGCUUGUAGAUGUUUAUAGACUUGUUGAAGAUCAGAUAGACAUGCCCUCAGUAGCUAUAGAAGUUGUACGAGACAUUCCAAAUGUUAUCCGCGAUUUCAUGCUUUCCUGGAGCGACAAGGUCUUGUAUGACAGAUGAGGAAAGCUUGGUGCGGCAUCACAUAAGAAUACAAGAAUGACUUUAAGGUAGACUGCAGACACCAAAAAUAGCAGGCUUUGACAUUUUGUUUGCUUUUGCAGAGAGGAUCCUUUUCAUGUAAAUGCAAAAAGUGAAAUAUAUUGACAGUGUCCGUAUAGAAAUAUAUCAAAGGUAAAAAGCUGUACUAUAAUAGUAUCAGGAAAUAACACUUGUAUAGAAAUGCUUUGCUAAAUUGUGGAGCCUUUUCUUUUGGGUGAGAUUGGAGUAUGUGCAACACAUAUCGGAUAGUCAGGAUAUGUUUUUAUUUUUCAUGGUCAAAUGUAAAACACUUUUAUGAUAAAAUGAUAUUCAUCCAAUAGUUUAGCGUAAUAAACCUAUUGCAGUGAAGUCUUGCAAUAAUGAAAAUUUUACAGUAAAAAAGGCAAAUAAAAAGGAGUAAACAAAAAUAUUUUUUAAUGCAGCAACCCUACUCUAUAUUAUGGGCAUCGAAAUAUCAUUCAUCUGCAUGUAUUACUGCUACAAAUAAUUUGGCAAUCUGUUGUAUAUUUUAUAACUUAUAAUUACAUAAAUAUAAAAUAUUUUAAGCAAAAUAUGGAAAAAAAAUAAUCUCAGAAAGUCAAUUAAACUUUCAGAUUUUAUUUUGAUGUAUUAGGCUCUAAAGUUUGUUUAAAAUGGUCCAAUUAAAACUUCAAUUUUCGAAAGUAGCAGCCAAUCUUGUCUUGUUAUUUUUAAACAAUAUAAUACAAUUCAUUCCAAAAUCUCUGUCAUCAUUCUUUUAGAGUUGGGAAGAGCAUUACCGUCACUGCAACAAAAACAACUAAGAAAAAUAAUUAAACUCUCAUCAACGAAAAUAUAUUUAGCUUUUCAUGGAUUAAACUGUGUAACUAAAUGCUAAUUCAAAUGGAUUGCAUUUAAGUAGGCACAACCACGAAUGGAAAUGUUUAUAGUAUUAGUAAUCCUACUUAAUUAAAUCAUUUAGGGUCUAAGUGUAUCAAAAUAAACAUUGGAUGCUUAAUUGAUUUUUCUUUCAAACGCUCAACAGUCUUUUGCCAAUGUCUUUUUAUUAUUCAACACUCUUUUUUGGUGAAUACGAUUCAGAUUUUUAUUGUAUUAAUAUUUAUUAAUAACCAAAUAGGAGAAUUUCAUAAAGAAAAAAAGAAAGCACAUUGGACAACUCAGGAAAAAAGAAAUUGAAGAAACUGCUGAAGCGGAAUUUCUUUUAAUAUUUAAUUAGUUAAUCGUAAUUACCGAUUUCUAUAAACGUUUCUUCGCAAAUUCCUUUCUUUCUUCUUUAGAUUGAAUAAUAACUAAUACAAUAAAAAGCGAAUUUCAGAUUGGCAGUCCCAGUGCCAUUGCUCACAUCUCGAGAGUGAGAAGAGGGAAAAGAACAAUCACCCGGUGGUUCUCAUCACUCCGAUUUUCUUCAGUUAUUCUUGAAGACUGAAGAGGAACACAAAA